AUGUUCAGUGUGCGGAGAGCUCCCUAUCUGAUUUCUUAUGCGACUUAUGUUGCUGCCACUGUGCAUGCCCGUAUUGCGGCGAAGCGUGGCGCGGGCUCCCAAGCCCACAAGAGCCUAGAGACUUGCUUAGCCGUUUUCCGCGAGAACCAAGAGACGAAUUGGGCUGUACGACGCGCCAAUGCCAUUAUCCAGAGCCUGAUGAAGAGACUGAGUGUUGUUGCGCCUGACCUGAACGACACACAUAUCGGCAGUGGUGGCGAGGAUAAUCACGAGAGCACACCAGAUGUUUCGUUGAGCAGAUCGAUGGAUCGCGAACCAAGCUUGCAAAGUUUCGACAUCGAUGGCAUCAUCCAGAGUUUUGUUCGAGAGCAGGACUCGUCGCAUGCAGCGCAGCCGGGUUCAAUGGACCCAACCUCCGACAUUGCUGUACCUGGAGUGCCGCCGUCGGCGUACAAUACCAUGGAGACGGCAAACAUGCCCUACGGAAACUCUGGUAACUGGGCGUAUCAGGACCAACAACAACCCUUCAGUGAGCAACCAUUUUCGGUGGAUGAUCUCCUUUACGGUUUCAACGGAUCAGAGCUUGAUCAAUUCCCAGCCAUGAAUUGGGACAUGUAA